AUGGCCUUACCUCCUUGUGGUGAGACCCAGUCCCAGGACAAGGCGAAGUACCUGUCCCAGAGUAGCCCGCAGCGCCUGACUGCCCACUACCCACCUGUUCCAGGCUACAGUCACUUUAGGAACCUCGCCACCACCGAGGAGGAUUUUCAAUCUUGGAAACUGGCAGCUGCAAUGUUUGAGUCCCAAGCGAUGGCCCCACUCAGUGCUUUUCGGAUGACUCCUCCCUUAUUGAACCCGGGUCUGGCUGUUCAGAGCGAGCCAACCUACAAUCUGCCCUGGAGCAAGCUGUCACCGUGGUACCCAAUUCCUCAAUUUACUCCUGAGGUACCACAGUUUCUAGACAGCACUGAGUAUGGGAACAGCGGUUCCAACAGCCAAAAUUUGCUCCCUGUCGGCAGCCAAAUCAACAAAGGUCAGGGGUGGGGACCUGAAAAUGUACUUCUGCCACCCCCGGCAACUGCUUCCCUACUACCUGAUGGAAUUAAGACGUCCCAGUCAAUAUCUGUCCCCCAAACCUUAAACCAAGAGGGGAAGCUGCCAUUUUGCGGCUUCAACUUCACCGAGGAGGAACUGCGCUUCGUUCUGUACGGAGCCAUCGCUAGCUCUAGUUCGGAGCGCCCAGCAGGCCUACAGCACGCAAUUUCGGGCAUCCUGGUCCCCACAGAGAGCUCUGGAUCUAAUCAUCUUCAUAAAACUCCGGACAAAGACUCCCUCCAGCUUCCGGAAGGUCUCUGCCUCUGGCAGACAGUGUUUGGCAACGUCCCACACUUCGGUGUCUUCUGCACCAACUUCAUUGCCAAAGGCGUGAGAUUCGGACCCUUCUGUGGUAAAGUGGUCAACGCCAGUGAAGUGAGGGCGCACAGGGACAAUUCUCUGAUGUGGGAAAUUUUUGAAGACGGUCACCUGAGCCAUUUUAUCGACGGCAAAGGUUCUGGGAACUGGAUGUCCUACGUCAACUGUGCUCGAUUCCCCAAGGAGCAGAACCUGGCUGCCGUGCAGCACGGCGGGCAAAUAUUCUAUGAGAGCUGUAAAGACAUCCACCAGAACCAGGAGCUGCUUGUGUGGUAUGGGAACAGCUAUGAGAAGUUUCUGGACAUUCCCACGAACCUCCGGGACACUGAGCAGGAAGGCAAGCAGCUGCCUGAGCCCUCUGAGGAGUCUGCUGAAGGUUACAGAUGUGAACGCUGUGGAAAGGUGUUUACCUACAAAUACUACAGAGAUAAGCACCUCAAGUACACUCCCUGUGUGGACAAGGGGGACAGGAAGUUUCCAUGCUCGCUCUGCCAAAGAUCCUUUGAGAAGCGUGACCGGCUCCGGAUCCACAUUCUUCACGUCCACGAGAGGCACCGGCCCUACCUGUGUUCAGCGUGUGGGAAAAGCUUCUCUCAGUCUUCCAGCCUGAACAAGCACAUGCGAGUCCACUCUGGAGACAGGCCGUAUCAGUGUGUGUACUGUACAAAGAAGUUCACUGCUUCUAGCAUACUCCGGACACACAUUAGACAACACUCCGGAGAGAAGCCCUUUAAAUGCAAGCACUGUGGCAAAGCCUUUGCAUCCCAUGCUGCCCAUGACAGCCACGUCCGGCGCUCGCACAAGGAGGAUGGCCGUCACUUCUGCAAUAGUUGUGGGAAAGGCUUCCUGGAUCAAGAGGCUUUCUAUGCCCACGUGAAGCUUCAUAAAACAGGAUAG